AUGUCUGAAGGACUAACGAUCAUCAUCGUCGGUGCCGGAUUCUGUGGCCUAACCGCCGCAAUUGAGUGCAAGCUCCGUGGCAUGAAUCCUAUCCUGCUCGAGGCCUACCCCACCAGCCGCAACCAGGGCGAUGUUCUCGACUUCAUGCACAACGGAGGCCGACAUAUCAAGGCCUGGGACAACGGAUCUGUGGGCGAAAAACUCCUGAAGUCAGGUGUGCAUACUGCUAAAACGCUCAACUAUUUCUCCAGCCAGGGCUCGCUACUCCCUACCGAGCCCUGGAUUUUCCAUGACGAGCACUACCACACUCAGUUUGCCGGACAUCGAGGACUGCAGCACUCCAUCAUAGCUGAUUACGCCAAAGAGAUUGGUGUCGAUAUGCGUUUUGGUACCGAUUUCACCGUGACCGAGUACCUUGAUAAUGAGAAGGAGACCGGUGUUAUCACCAAGGGUGGCCAGAAGAUCCUUGGAGACGUCGUUCUUGCCUGCGAUGGCCCACGCUCUCUUGCUCGAGACAAGGUUCUCGGCCUGCCAGAUAACAGGGUCAAUAGCGGAUACGCCAUCUACCGAGCCUGGUAUGAUUUGACGGACGAGCACCGCAAGAUUCCUCAAAUCGCCAGGUUUUGCAACCCUGACGAAGAUCAGGCUGCCAUGAUACUCGGCAAGAACAUGCACGCCUUUGUCUACACCUGGGACAAUGCCACUCAACUCGCUUGGGUCUUGACCCAUAAGGAUGAGGGAGACAUUGGAGAGUCAUGGUCUUUCCCUGGAGACACCAACGAAGCUCUGAGGCACAUCGAGGAAGGUGGUUUUUCUAAUACCCUCACAGAAGUCGCCCUGAACACUCCCAAGGAUCGACUCGUUGACUACAAGCUUGUGUGGCGCGAUCCCAUUCCAACCUGGUUGUCCAAGUCCAGAAAGCUCGCCGUUAUGGGCGAUGCAGCCCAUUGCCAUCUCCCUACCUCAGCUCAGGGUGCUUGCCAAGCUGUUGAAGAUGCUGUCUGCGUGGCAUCGUGCCUACAGAAGGCCAACGGCAAUGUGCCGCUGGCCCUUCAAGUCUUUGAGCGUAUUCGUUUCAACCGAUCGCAUGUGAUUCACAUGUCCUCAAUUAGUAAUCGAGAUGCUGCCCAUGCCACAGAGUGGACACCCGAGCUUGUCGCCGAAUUUCCCGACCUUCUGUCUAUCCCUCACGAUGACUGGAUCAUCGAGUACGAUGUCGCGGAGGAAACUGAGAACCACUUUGCUCGAAUUGCAGCGGAGGUCAAGAGUGGAAAACAGGGAACGAUUGAAGAACUAAGUCUACCAGCGGGCGGUUCAUUUGCUGUGGUUCUCGACGAGAUUCAAAAAAAGAAGCAAGAGCCAAAGGAAAACAUGGAGACAAUUAUUAGUAUUCAGCAACAGACAGUAGCUUAG